UCACUCUCUCACUCUCAGUGCAGCAGUUCACAGGAAGCAACCCAGCUGUCAGUGACUUUUGCCGAUACACACUCACGCCUGCUCUCGGUUCUUCAGUGACUCCCGAGGGUGCGCCCGGGGAUUGAGCGCACCAGUAGCGUCGAAGCAUCCAGUGAUGCCUCCUCCAACCUGUAGAGAGCCCUGAUAGUCAACUCGUCCGUCUUCAAUCAUGAGAAAAGACCGUCUCUUCUUGGCCGUAAUCCUCACUGCCAUCUUCUCCGCCGACCUCUACUUCAUCCUCUUGCCGAAGCUGCGGAACGCCGGAGACGGAUCGGGACGCUUUUGUUCGUGCCAACGGAGCAAUUUCAGCCUCCCCGGUCAGUUCUCCAACUGGACUGCUUUGACGCUCCAGGACCUGGACCCUUCUGGACGCGGCAAUGGGAGCUCCAAGCUUGACGGGUUGUUCACCCAUCCUCUGUAUAACACGGAGAAGCCCACGGUGGCAGCGGCGGAGAGGCUGCUGCAGUCGGACCGGCUGAUGGACUACUACAGGAAGAAAGUGUCACGAUGGGAAAGACACAUGAAGCUAUACAACGAAGCCGUAGCCGCUUCCAACAUCACCGUGACCGACUACCAAGUGACCUUCGACCCGGACGCCAACUGGCUCAAGUUCCACACGGGGAUAAGCCGCCACGCUCUGUACUCCCGUCAUGACCCCGCUAUUGCACGGCUGCUCCUGGACAUGCGCGACAUGACAGUCAUCAACUCAGAUUUCACUCAAGAUGAGAAGGCCCUGAAAGGAACUUGUGACUGCAGCCAAGUGGUCAAGCCCAGUGGACACCACCUGAAACUGGCGCUGAAGAUGCAGAACUUUGGCAAGGCCAUGUUCAAGCCGAUGAGGCAACAGAGGGACGAGGAGACUCCUGAAGAUGUCUUUUUCUUUGUCGAUGUCCAGAGACACAAUGCAGAGAUUGCAGCGUUUCACCUGGACAGCAUCCUGGACUUCCGUAGAGUUCCACCGGUGGUUGGCAGGUUUCUGAACCUCACCGGCGAAGUUUUGCAAGUGACCCGAAAUGACGAUCUACGGGGUGUCUUCUUCACCUCACCUGCAAACAACACGUGUUUUUUCGCCAAAUGCCUGUACGUAUGCAAGACAGAAUACGCAGUCUGCGGGAGCCCCGACCUCUUGGAAGGUUCCCUCUCGGCCUACCUCCCCGGCCUCAGCAUCGCCCCCCGCAUCUCCAUCCCCAACCCUUGGAUACGCUCGUACACCUUCACCGGGCAGGAAGAGUGGCAGGUGAAUCCAUCGUACUGCGACACCAUAAAGAAACUUUAUCCUUACAACUCGGGCAACCGGCUCCUCAACAUCAUCGACAUGUCCGUCUUUGACUUUCUUAUGGGCAACAUGGACCGACACCACUAUGAGAUUUUCACCGAAUUUGGUGACGAAGGAUUUCUUCUCCACCUGGACAAUGCAAGAGGAUUUGGGAAGCACAGCAAAGAUGAGAUGUCCAUCCUUGCCCCAUUAUCUCAAUGCUGCAUGAUAAAGCGUUCCACCCUCCUGAGGCUCCAGCUCUUGGCCCAACCGCAGUUCAGACUGAGCGACGUGAUGAGGGAGUCUCUACAAAAAGACCCCCUGCAUCCCAUCCUAACAGAAGCGCACCUCUCAGCCCUGGAUCGCCGGCUCAUAAAGAUCCUGAGAGCGGUCCAGCGCUGCACGCGCAAGCUGGGCGACGCCCGGGUCAUCACUGAUGACUUUGUUCGAGCCGCAGUGAAUCCUCGGGCAUACACAGAGAGCAAAAAGGCCAGGUAGCGGCGGAGGAUGGAACUCUACUCUGCUUUUUUUUUUUUUAAAGACUUCGUGAUGAAGUGCAGUCGUUUCAAUUUUAAUGGAACAAGUCAGAAUUUUUUUUUUGGGGGGGGGGUGAUUCUCAAAACCUGGCCACAGAUGGGGUGUGUUGACUUUUUAACAGCUCUAUGACACCCUCUACUGGCCAAUGUGGAAAAUGAACAUUAAAAAAAAGGGUAAAGUCACCUUGCGGCGUAAUAAACGUGCCAAAUAAACAACGCCUGAGGCGGGUUUGAAUUCUUUUGACUUUUUUUUAUUGCUUAAACUGCCAUCUGGAACAAUCUAUACCAAAAAAAGGAUAAACAUCUUUGCAGAUAUAGGAGGUCAAAAUGAAUACAGGGAAGAAUAGAAAAAGAAUGGUCCUUUUUGAUCACCCGCGGGCUCGGAGGACUACAAGGUCCCACACGGACCCGCUUGUAGGUCAGAACCAGCAGGAGUGACCGACGACUACUGUAAGCCCAGGAAAAGUUCAGCUAAGGCAAACCGGGACGACUGCGGUGUGGCUAAAACAUUGAAAACCCAUUGCUGCUAUUUACACGGAGACAGUAGUUCGACAAAACACCUUCGGCCCUAUCGAGAAUCGUAAUCCUGCGGAGCGGGAUGGACAGGAAGUGACUUAAGGACCGCCUGAGCGAAAGGGCGACACGUCGUGAGGAUGAUCGGGCUGUAAUCGGGGAGGGGGAAAAAAACAAAUACACUUGUGAUUACACUGUAAAUCAGCAUCACAAUGUUCUCUCUUCAGGGG